GUUUGAGGUUAUGUGUCAAAUUAUUUUGUUAAAAAUUGCAAUCCUCGCGUGUCGUAGUGUUGAUUUGCCUCAAAAGCGUGCCUCACUCACGAGUGUGCCCACGCCCCUUUUCUUUUCAAUAAUUUUGGUAGCCGGUACAGUUAACAGUUCCCUGUAAUGUUUUAGGUUAUGUGUCAAAUUUCUGGGAGGUGUAGUGAUUAUUGUUUUUGUUUUUGUGUCGCUUGGCCCCUAUGAUUUAGGCACCAGUCAUGGCCGAGGUGAAGAAAUUACAACAGCACUUGGCCCUCCUCAAAGAGGAGUACUCGAAGCUCCAGAGCAAAUACCACGAGAUUGAGAACAAAUACAACGCGAUUUCGGCCACUAGUGACACCACUGAGGGCACUUUCGCCUCACGUCUCUUGCAAACUGUUGCCAAUUUGUACAAUUCGGAGGUUUAUAGUGAUAUCAAGAUUCGGCUCAGCGACCGCAACAUCAACGCGCAUAAAAUCGUCCUGGACGCCAGAUCGAAUCUCUGGGACGAGACGAGUCUCGUGGGGAAGUCGGAGCUGGAUUGGAGCGAGUUGGAGGCCGAUGUGGCCGAGGCCAUUCUCCUGUGGUUGUACACCAACAAAAUCGAGUUGAAAUCGGAAGAGUUGACUCUGAAAUUGAUCAGGAAGGCGCACGAAUUCAAGCUUGACGAUUUGGUGGAGAGUUGCGAGCAGUUUCUGAUUUAUGCUGUGACGAUUCGGACGUGUGUGAGGUUUUAUUCAGUCGCGGAGGAGAUUGGGGCUGAGAAUUUGAGGGAGUAUUGUUCGGGGCUCAUUUCCACACAUUGGGAUGAUUUGAAUGCGUCCGAUUUUGAGCACAUGUCGGGGCCUCUGCUCUAUCAGAUGUUGAAGAGCAAGACGCAGUUGGCGUUGCAUUCGGCUGUGAGGCUGCAGAGAGAAGAUGUGGUGUUUUUGUGUCUGGUCGAGAAUUCGUCAAAGUUGUCAGAUAUCGUCAAUGUUUGGAGUCCCAAUGGGGAAUUACCGCUUGAUUUGGCAUUGAGGAGUCAUAAUGGUAGCAUUGCGGCAACACUGGUUCAACACAAUGCUGAUAUUAAUAUAAGGGAUGUCCAAGGGGAUACUUUACUACACAGGGCGAUCAAACAGGAAGAUUCCUUUUCGGCACUAUUUUUACUCGAAAAUAAUUGUAAUGUUACAUUAUCGACAAGGACGGAAAAUGAUUCGGCAUUGCAUCUAGUGGCCGGUGCUCCAAAUAUUGAAGAUGGAUCGAAGAUAGCCGAGAAAUUGAUCAACAAAAAUGUGAACGUCAACGCGCAAAACCGGCUAGGAUAUACGGCGUUGCACAUCGCCAUCCAAGCCGACAACCGGCCCCUCUUCGAUCUUCUUUUGUCUCAACCCACUCUCGAUCUUAACCUCAAAACAAUCGACGAACACGUCCCCCUCUACUACGCCCUCCUCAAAUACGAAUCGGGUGACAACUCCUCCGACUCGUACGCCUCAAAUCUUAUCGCGAAAAAUGCCCAAACUGGCGUCCUCUACUCCUCAAAUUGCGACAGUUUGCUUCAAAAACUCAUCGAAGAGGGCGCUGCAAACGCUGCUGUAUUUCUCACCAAUCACGUCUCGAAUUUAAAUCACGUGAACAGCGAGGGCGAAUCAGCGUUACAUAUCGCUUGUUUGAAAAAUUUGUCACUGGUUGUGGAUAAAUUAUUAGAGAUGGGUGCGAAUGCGAAUUUGUUAACUAAUGAAUUGAGACAGUUGGCUUUGCAUUAUGCUGUCAAAAAUAACGCACUGGAUUGUGUUGAAGUUUUUAUUAAAAGGGAUUGUGGGGCGAAUUUUAACGCUCGCGAUAUCAAUGGCGAAACACCGAUUAGUUUGGCCCUAAAUGAAGGGUUCAAUGGGCUAGUGCCGGUCCUGAUAAAGGGCAAUGCUGACGUUAACGUACGAAAUGGUAAAGAUUUCACACUUUUGCAUCAAGCAAUCUUGAAAGAGGACGCAAAAACGGCUCUUUUCCUCCUCGAUAACGGCGCUGAUAUCAACGCAAAGACGGCCGACUCGGAAACGCCCCUCCAACUCGCCAUCCAUUGCCGAUUGGGCGAAGUCGUCGACGCUCUAUGCAUAAGAGGCGUGGAUAUGUCAGCACCUGACCGAUUGGGUAAUUGUCCAUUGUGGGCGGCGCUUGAUUCCGGUCAAGACGAUAUUGCAAGUAUUUUGGUACGACAUGGGGCGGAUACGGAUUGUUGGGGGCCGGGACCGGAUGGAUGUCGUCAGACGUUAUUACACAGGGCCAUUGAUGAGAAUAAGGAGGCGGCUGCGAUUUUUUUAAUCCAAUCAGGGUGCGAUUUAGAUUCGCCUAGAAUGCCAGGGCCUAAUGGAGAAGGCGGGGACGAGGCGAGGGACAAGGCGGCGCCUUUGCAUCUGUGCUGUCAGUGGGGGCUGGAAACCGUGGUCAGGACUCUCAUUGAGCAUCGAGCAAACGUGAAUAGCCGCGACGCUGAUAACAAAACCCCACUUCACAUCGCUAUAGAAAACCAACACCCGGAAAUAAUUUCGUUGCUUUUAAGCGUGCCUGAAAUUGAUUUGAGUCUCAGAGACAAGUCCGGUUUGAGUCCUUUCGCCACUGCUUUGACUUUCAGGAAUAACAAAGCUGCUCAAGCGAUUUUAGAUAAGUUACCAUCGGCUGCUGAACAAUUUGACGCCAAAGGACAGAAUUUCUUGCACAUUGCAAUCAAAAAAGGCGACAUAGAAAGUGCCCUUUUUCUUUUAACAGUCCACGUGGACGUUAAUUCACGUGUCCAAGACCCGAUGUUGACUCCACCGCUCCAUCUAGCGGCCCGUCACGGUAAUGAAACCCUCGUCCGGAGUUUAAUCCUCGCUGGGGCCCGAGUCGACGAUCGUGACGCCCAGAAACGCACCGCCCUUCAUAUAGCCGCUGAAGCAGGCAAUGCACCUGCUGUCUCCGCCCUUUUACAAAACAACUCAGAUUACGACGCCCUCGACAUUGAGAGUAACAACGCCCUUCAUGUGGCCGUCAGAGAGGGGCACUUGAACGUGGUGCGUGUCUUGCUAACCGAGUCGAGUAUAGACGCCGAAGCUGUCAAUUUAAAGGGGCGGAAUCCCAUGCAUGAGUUGUGUAAGUAUGGGAAAGACAACGCGGCCGCCAUCUGCGAACUGUUUCUUGAGUGUAUGCCUGAGUAUCCGAUCAAUAAGACUGAUAUUAUGGGCAACUCGCCGCUGCUUUUGGCCUACAUGAAGGGGAAUGGGCCCUUGUGUCGGGUUUUGGUCAAGGCGAAGGCGUGUCUCGCCACAGAGAAUAACGAAAGAGUCACGAUUUUCAAUUAUCAGGUGCCGAGUAAACAGCUUUUGAACCGGUUGUUGGACCAAUUGGGGCAACCCGCUGUUUGGACUAAUACGGAUCUGUGUCAGGAGUGCGGGAAGGGGUUUUCGAUAACGGUGAGGACGCACCAUUGCAGGCACUGUGGGAGGGCCCUCUGCAGCAAAUGCUCGGAUCAGGAGGUACCCAUUAUCAAGUUUGGGGAGAAUAAACCGGUCAGGGUUUGCAAUAUCUGCUUCGACGUGUUGAAAACCGGAGGAUAAUGCAAUAACAUUCCGCUUGUUGUUUAUGUUGUUUAUCAAAUUUUAUUAAAAGGCUUGUAUUUAUCAAUCAAUAAACGAUUAUAGUCA